AUAACCAAUCUUCCGCCGGAAAUUAUGUUCGGCUAUUUAGCAAUUUAGAAGAAAACUACUUCAAGUAUGAUUUCCAUUGUAUGUAAGAACAUAAAAUCAUUUGCGUACAUAUGUUAUUUUUAAGAGAUGAAAAUGGUAACCCAACAAUUAUAGAUUCUAAAUAAACGUUACAGUUUGCUUUUGAAAAUGCGUCUGCAUCGUAGUUUAAUCAAUUUUCCAGCCAAACAUGUCUACCUUUAUGUUUUGCUUACAGCCUGUACAUAUUACACGUGUCUACAGUACAUUAAAUACCAGCAAAGUAUCCACAGACCGGUAUGCAAAAUUAUACACAAGGGUCCAUCAAACAAAUAUGGUGAGGACCAAGAAGUCAACCUAGCAGACGCCAAGAAGAUUCGCACCCAUUCCGGCUGCUCGUCUGGGCCUGUGUAUACCAAAUGGGACACAUGCCCUCACUGCUUCCGGCCGACGGUGUACAAUGUUUCCAAUCAGCUCCGCCGCAUGGCCCGCAACAGCUCCCUGUUCCCUAGGGCGCCGCCAUCCUUUUUCCAGCCGCGUAAAGAGAUUCAGCAAAGGCUCAUCACAAAGACUCUAAUCACCCCCUCCGCUGUCUGCCAGGAUGCGUGCCCUUACCUUAUCGCCAUGCUUCCAUCGGUGGCCGAUGACUACGAUGUCCGGGACACCAUCCGGGCCACUUGGGCUAGCGUGGCCAAGACUCACCUAUGGCCUCACGCUGUGGUCAACGCCGACAUGCAGGUCAUCUUCGUGUUGGCCAAUUACACGUCGGACAGCCGCAACGAGCGGAGAAAACAGCACGCCACGAAGAACAAAGAACGAGACUCUCACUCCGAAAUGACUCGAAUCCAAACCGAGGCAGCACGCUAUGGAGACAUCCUGUAUCUAGUCAUGCACGAGUCCUACUAUAACCUGACCUUGAAGGUCAUGUCAGCAUUCAAGUGGAUCAGGGACCAUUGUCCCAGGACCAAGUUUGUCAUGAAAGUUGACGUGGACACGUUCGUCAGCGUGCCACUUCUGCUGGACAUACUCAUUUUCAACGAAGAGCGCUUAGAGUACUCAGUACUGGGCUAUGGUUACAACAUGACUGAAGUGAUUCGUACAGGCAAAUGGAGUGUUCCUCAAGCUGUUUGGUCUCCUGGCAUAUAUCCUUUAUAUGCCUCAGGCUGCGCCUACGUCAUGACAAUGUCCGCCCUGUCCGCCAUCGUUGAUGCCAGCCGUUACUUCCCUAUCUUCCACAUCGAGGACGUGUACAUCACUGGGGUGCUGAGGCGGAUGGUGGAGCUGCCCAUGUUCCUGGCUGAGCCCGGCGUCUUCACGGAUUUCUACGACACCUUUUACAGCCACUGCGAGUUCGUCCGCUACCGCCGGGUGACCGGCACUGGGUUUGACCGGCUUUUCAAGUACAACAAUCUGUGGGCCAGCCUGAUCUACCAGAACAGCACGUGCAGACGGACGAAUGAGUUUAACGUCCCGUGUGCUUGUUCCGAAUAUAUGGUCUAGUAUAGGUUACAGCAGAUAGGCCUACAAAGAAUGGUCUAGUAUAGGUUAUAGCAGAUACGCCUACUAAAAAUGGUCUAGUAUAUAGGUUAUAGCAGAUAUGCCUUCUAAGAAUGGUCUAGUAUAGGUUAUAGCAGAUAGGCCUACAAAGAAUGGUCUAGUAUAGGUUAUAGCAGAUACGCCUACUAAAAAUGGUCUAGUAUAUAGGUUAUAGCAGAUAUGCCUUCUAAGAAUGGUCUAGUAUAGGUUAUAGCAGAUAGGCCUACUAAUAAUGGUCUAGUAUAGGUUAUAGCAGAUAGGCCUACAAAGAAUUGUCUAGAAUAGGCUAUAGCAGAUAGGCCUACUAAUAAUGGUCUAGUAUAGGUUAUAGCAGAUAGGCCUACUUAGAAUGGUCUAGUAAAGGUUAUAGCAGAUAGGCAUACUAAUAAUGGUCUAGUAUAGGUUAUAGCAGAUAUAGCUUCUAAGAAUUGUCUAGUAUAGAUUAUAGCAGAUAUGCCUACUAAGAAUGGUCUAGUAUAGGUUAUAGCAGAUAGGCUUACUUAGAAUGGUUUAGUGAAAGUUACAACAGAAAGGCUUACUAGGAAUGGUCUAUUAUAGGUUACUGCAUAUAGGCUUAUUAAAAUGGUCUAGUAUAAGUUACAGUAGAAAGGCCUACUAAGAAUAGUCUGUUAUUGCAGAUAGGCUGACUAAGAAUGGUUUAGUAUAGGUCAUAGCAGACUAAGAAUGGUUUAGUAUAGGUCAUAGCAGACUAAGAAUGGUUUAGUAUAGGUUAAAGCAGACUAAGAAUGGUUUAGUAUAGGUUAAAGCAGACUAAGAAUGGUUUAGUAUAGGUCAUAGCAGACUAAGAAUGGUUUAGUAUAGGUCAUAGCAGACUAAGAAUGGUUUAGUAUAGGUCAUAGCAGACUAAGAAUGGUUUAGUAUAGGUCAUAGCAGACUAAGAAUGGUUUAGUAUAGGUCAUAGCAGACUAAGAAUGGUUUAGUAUAGGUCAUAGCAGACUAAGAAUGGUUUAGUAUAGGUCAUAGCAGACUAAGAAUGGUUUAGUAUAGGUCAUAGCAGACUAAGAAUGGUUUAGUAUAGGUCAUAGCAGACUAAGAAUGGUUUAGUAUAGGUCAUAGCAGACUAAGAAUGGUUUAGUAUAGGUCAUAGCAGACUAAGAAUGAUCUAAUUUAUGUUUUGGCAGAUAGCCCGACUAGACUGGAAAAAUGUCAUUUGUUAUGAUUCAAAUCAAGGAAGGACUUGACAAAAGAUUUGACGCUUACUAAAUGGCUCAGCACGAACAAAGUAAUGCUACUGCUUUGACCACCAACUAUUCGCGAUCUCGCCAAAAACAGUCUAUGUUAAAUAUAGAACCUGACACAUUUUUUCACAUAGGUCAUGACAUUUCUUGUGAAUUAUGUCACGGGACCUAAAUAACAUGAUCCUAUAUAUUGCCAACAUACAAUUAUUAUUGUUUUCGCAUGUAUUAUAAAAUGUUUGACAAAACGUAUUUUAAGUUACAAUGUGUUUAACAGCUGUAAAUGUGGAUGAUGGUAAAUAUCUCUAUCUCUAACACAAUGUUGAAAGAAACUCAAAUCACUUUUUGUUUUACUUAUCUACUUGUGGCUUGAAAUACGUCUAAGUAGUAUUGGUAGUUGUUGCUGUUGUUGCAGCCAAGUAAUAUUGGUAGUUGUUGC